GCUACUGAGCGCAGGUGCCGUGCCGGGGAGGGGAGAGGCAGCGCUGUCUCGUCCGGUCCAGUCUGACAGAGGUGCUGUGGAGAGCGGGCUGAGAGGUGCGGCGGGGAGCGGGCUGAGAGGUGCGGUGGGUGUGGUGUGAGAGGUGCGCUCCCUCGGCGACACGUCGUCAGACGGACACCGACACCGCCGGGACCGGAGACACGGAAACAGGCGCCGCUGAGGCUCAUCGCAUCACAGGCAGCUGGAGAAAAAAAAAGACUGAAUCUUCUCCCAACUGAAAUCAUGGAGUGAUAACCACAGCAGGCUGACUUUGACAAAUCGGGCUCGAUUCCGGGACAUGUCUCGCUCAGUGUCGCUGUCGCCGCUGCCGCUAUCACUGCCACUGCUGCCGCUAUGGUUUCUGCUGUCGGUGCUGCCGCUGCCAGCUCCCACCGUGGCCACCAAGGACAUGGACCGCCUGUACGCCGACCUGUUGUUCGCCUACAAUAGGUUGGCGCGUCCCGUUCCCAGCCAUGACGACAUGGUCACGGUCAAGAUGCGGCUCAGGCUCUCCCAGCUGAUUGAUGUGGAUAUGAAGAAUCAAAUCAUGACUACAAGUGUUUGGGUGGACCAGGAGUGGACGGACUACCAGCUGUCCUGGGACCCGGCCGAGUACGGCAACACCACCCGGCUCUACGUGCCCUCGGAGAACAUCUGGCUCCCCGACAUCGUCCUCUACAACAAUGCUGACGGCAACUACGAGAUCACCAUCAACAACACCAAGGCGGAGCUGUCCCCCAGCGGAAGGGUGUCCUGGAGGCCGCCGGCCAUCUACAAAUCCUACUGCCAGAUCGACGUCGAGUACUUCCCCUUCGACGAGCAGAACUGCAUCAUGAAGUUCGGCAGCUGGACCUACGAUGAUAACAAUCUGGACCUACGUCACGCGGCUCAUACCAACGAGUCCGAGCUAGACUCUGUAGUUCCAUACGGCGUGGACCUGCACGACUACUACCUGAGCGUCGAGUGGGACCUGAUGCAGGUCCCCGCGCACCGGCACAAGGUCUACUACAACAGCUGCUGCAAGGAGAGUCGCUACAUCGACAUCUCCUUCAACAUUACCAUGAGGCGCAAAACCGUGUUCUACACAGUGAACCUCAUCAUCCCCUGCGUGGGCAUCAGCUGCCUGACCAUCCUGGUGUUCUACCUGCCGUCCGACUCGGGCGAGAAGGUCACCCUGUGCAUCUCGAUCCUGCUGUCGCUGACCGUGUUCUUCCUACUGCUGGCCGAGAUCAUCCCUCCGACGUCUCUGGCGGUGCCGCUGCUCGGCAAGUACCUGCUCUUCACCAUGGUGCUGGUGACGCUGUCGGUUGGGUGCACCAUCUGUGUGCUGAACAUCGGGUACCGCUCGCCGAGCACCCACCGCCUGUCGUCACGAGCCCGCCGGGUCCUGCUGGAGUGGCUGCCGCCUCUGCUGCUGAUCCGCCGCCCGCAGAGAGCGCCCUCCGAGCCACCGCUCCACGAGCUCUGCGAGGUCGAGUCGGAGACACAGGCCGAGCUGGAGGGAGCUGGUGUCGAGCUGCCGCCUCUGACGGUCCGCUCUGCAGAGCACCACCAGCUCUGUCCCGCCCUGAGCGCGCACCUCCCGUCUGAGCCAGGCCCCUCUCGCCACCAACCGGUCCCCGACACCCCCUGGUCCCAGCCCCCCAGUUGCGGCUCUCCAGGCCCUCCGUGGCUCGGGGCUGCCUCCCCUGGACCCAGCACGGCCUAUGUCAGCUCCCCCGGACCCAGCACCCUUCAUCGCUGCCCCUCUGGGCCCAGCGCUCUCCGUCCCGGCUCCCUGGAAUCAGUGACCUCCCCUGACGGCUGGUCGGCUCCAUCAGCCUCUCGACCCGUAACGAGCCUUAUUGCUCAACACGAACAUCUACAGAAAGCGCUGCAGAACGUGAACACCAUAGCCAGUCGCAUCAACAAUCUGGACGCAUUUGAAGAGGUGGAGUCUGACUGGCGGUACGUGGCCAUGGUUCUUGACCGUCUGUUCAUGUGGCUGUUCACUGUGGCCUGUGCGUGCGGCACGUGCGGCAUCCUGCUGCAGGCGCCGUUACUGUACGACCACACCACCCCCAUCGACAGGAUCAAGUCGCGGGUGGCCCGCGCCAACCUCAGCUCCAUGGGCGACGAGGACUGGCAGAACCGUGAGGAAUGAGCAACGAUCUGCGCUUAAAAGCUCAUGUUUGACUUAUUGUUUCCUUUAGGUGUAUGCAUACGCGUAAUUUACUCGUGUAUCAUUAGGCAGCUUUACAAUUAAUCACUCAAGAAGGCAAUACAUAUGAAUAAUUGACCCUUAAUAUUUGAUCUUAGUCAAUACGUAGGAUAUUUAGCUGAAUAUUUAUAUAUGUGUGCGACCUAAAAGUGACAGUUAUUUCGCACACCAAUGAUGUUCUUAUACCUACAUGACGAUCUUACAACUGUAUGCAUAUGUCUCUAUCAAAUAAACUACCCGUUUAGUUCCGGGACUGUAUAUAA